CUCAGGGCAAAGUGUAUUUUAGAAAUUAUAGUAGCUAAUAUACAAUGAGUGCAAAGGAAGAUGAAUGGGGUGAUAUGAUUAUGCCCGGUGUUUACAUGAUUUCAAGAUCCAACAAAACUAUUAGUAGUUCUUUGCAACUCUCAUCAAACACUGACGGUGUAUCAGAUUUUGAAUACCUACAUAACGAUAUCGAAAAAAUGCAAUUUGAUAUUACGCAGCUGGUAGAUAGUAAUAAAGAAAUUCAAAGCUACUUAAAUAACAUAGGCAGUGAUAAAGAUAUAUCAUCUUAUUCAGAAGAUGAACCGAAGUUCACAUGUCAUGAAGAUGAUAUUAAUAUAUUUAUCAAUGCUUUGAAGGAAAAUGAUCUGAUUAUUAAGAGGAAACAACGUGAGUUGAUUCAUCUAAAAGAAAUCUUAAAUGGGCUGCGUUGUGGAUGUGCUCACCAUGACUCAAGUAUGCAACAAAGGUCACAUUCUGCUGAGAGUGUAACACCAAAUGAUCGUAUCACUUUGUAAGUAUUAUCAAACAAAA